AUGAAUUUUAUACUCGAUAUUAUUCUUCGAUAUUUUCCCAUAUUUUCAAUUGUAUUAUUUUGUGUGAAACCGAAAAGGAAUGUAAGAAAUGUGGCAUAUCAGUCAAAAAAUCCAAAUCACAAAUUUAAUAAAAUUUCACCAAAUCAAAGUACAAAUUCACCAAAUAAUUUGGUGGCUAAUAAUAAUUCUUCAAAUCGCUCAAAUCUUGAUAUAACACAAAGUGAUGGAAGUGAUAUUCAAGUUCCAAAUAAUAUAUCGAAAGUAAAAGGUGUUAGUAGAAUAUCAAAAAGUUUGGAAAAAAAUAAUCAAGGAGUCAAGAAAACUUCCGAUAUGACAGCAAUUGAACAACCAACUCAGAAUCAUUCAAGAAUCGGGAAGCAAUCUAAAAAACCAAUUCAACAAUCAACAAUGGCUGAAACACAAAAUGAUAAUAAUGUUGGUUCAAAUGAAAUAACUCAUGAUAGAAGAUCUUCGAUGUAAGUUCAACAAACAACUAAACAUUUGUCAAUAAAGUAAUGUUUCAGGGCAUAUGAACCUGAAUUUCUACCAUCCGAUCAUGAUGAUGAUACACUUCGAUGUGUUAAAAGUAUCAGACGAUGA